UAUUACACAAACAAGGAUCAGUUAGUCGUCAGUUUCCGUUAAUAACGAUAUAUACAUGAAAUUUAAAUUAUUAAUUGAACAGAAACACAUAAGAAGAGAAACUAGUGAUACGGAAUUCAUUUUGUUAUAUAUAUAACGAACGUUAAAAUAUGUUUGAACUAAUUCGGAAAACAAAUGUUAUCGACAAAUUUUAGCGAUGGAGCAUCCUUGUCCUCACUGCAACAAAAAAUUUAGUAGUGAAUUCGCAAGAAAACGCCAUUUGGACAUACAUUUAAACAAAGUGAAAUUGAAAUGUAAUUUUUGUGGAAAAGAAAUAAAUCGGAAAGACAAUUUCGAACGUCAUUUGAAGACAUGUGAGAAGAGUAAAACGUGUUCCCAUUGCGCGAAAUGUUUCAAAACUUCCAUUCAACGGCGUAUCCAUAUACUUAAAGAACACAGGGAUAAGUUGUUGAAAUGUGAAAGGUGCAAAAAAGAAUACUUGUGUGAAAAGGCUCAUCAGCAACAUAUAGCCAGAUGCAAGAAAUAUCAAGAUAUUCCAGGACCUAGUUAUAAAUCUGAUGAAAUUCAACAUGAGAAUAAUCAAGAUAUUCCAGCAGCUAGUUACAGAUCUGAUGAAAAGCAACAUGAGAUAUUUAUUAAUAAAAACAUGUUAUUUAAGUAAUUUAAGAAAGCGAUUUUAAAUAAUUCUUUAUGUUUAUACACGAAGAAAUCAUUUAUGAUAAUU